AUGGGGUCCCCCUCAGCCCCUCCCUGCAGAGCACUUCUUUCCUGGCAAUGGCUCCUGCUGGCUGCCUCACUCUUGACCCUCUGGAGCGCGCCCGCCGCCGCCCAGCUCAGUGUCGUGCCGAUCAGCGCGGCCGAGGGAGAGGACGUGAUUCUCCGAAUCCGCAACAAGCCCCCCCAUGUCGCAGGCUUUCUUUGGUACAGGGGGGAGAAGGUGGACUACAAUAAUUUCAUUGCAUCUGUUGCAUGGCGUGUAAGGCGAUACAGGACAGGGCCCGAAUACACCGGCCGAGAGACAGCAAACCUUGAAGGAGCCCUGAUCAUAAGAAAGGUCACCCUGCAGGACACGGGAGUCUACACCGUAAUAGCCCAGCUUCAGAAUUCACAGCGAGAGAUGGGGUGUGGGCGCCUCGAUGUGUACGAGCACGUGAGAGUGCCCACCCUCCUGGCCAGCAACACGACAGUCACAGAGCACAAGGACGCCGUGGUCAUGACCUGCUACACAAACGCCAUCUCCACUCAGUGGCUGUUCAAUGCGGAGAAUCUGCAGCUCAAGGACAGGAUGACGCUGUCCCAGGACCACAGAACCCUCACCAUAGACCCCGUCCAGCAGGAGGAUGCCGGGGGUUAUCAGUGUAAAGUCUCCAACCCCAUCAGUUCCGCUGAAAGUGCGCCCGUCGAGCUGGAUGUGAGGUCCCAGUGA